AGCAAAAGCAACCGGUAUUGCAAAGCAGUUCUCGUCCUCGUAGUACAGACCCAGCUGAUGCUUCAUUUCCGGUCACCAUGUUCGGUUGGAGCUGCGUACACCAUUUUUGUAUUCCGCUGUAAAUGAUUUGACUUUUGGUGCCUAUUGACAAAGGAAAUUGAAACCAGGCCUCCAUAAGGGGUUCGUCACCUCCUCGCCUCGAUUUUCGAUCUAGCCGAAGCUUUUUCAAGGCGUCACGUCCCCAAAAGUAUUUGCAGCUCCAACAUCCCAAGGCCUAGGGGACUUCCUUUCAAGAUUGAACCGUGAUCGUCCCGGGAAAGAAUUCAAGAAAACGAAUAUUGUAGUGGAGUCGGACUCGGCUAACUGCCACAACCAUGGAACCGCCGCCAUCACCCCCACCCCCACCAUCAUCAACAGUGGAGGCAACAACAGCAGCAUCAACUCCAAUGCAAGGCGCAACAACAGCAGCAUUUACAGCGCCAACAACAACACCAAUUUUAAGCGAAGCAGCAGAAGUGCCCAGCAUUCAUCACCACCGCCACUGCGGCGGCAGUGCUGCUGCCACUGCGGGGGGUCCUCCGCACCUCCUUGAUCUAGCCGAGGAGCUCCUUUCAAUCGUACUCGCGGCUCCCGUACUGGAUCUGUACGAUGCCGUACACGCCGCACGGAGCUGCCGUCGGCUGUACAUUGCCGUACAAGGAUGCGAGGACAUGUGGCGACGACUGUACGAGCAGCAUUUCCCUAAAAGCAACAGCAGGAAUAGAAGCGGCGCUGCUGCUGCUACCGCCGCCGCGACGGGUUUCGGCGGCCGCAGCAGCAGCGGCGGCGGCGGCGGUACGGCAAGGGGCAACCAUGUUACUGAUGCAGGCGGCGGAGGCGCAGCUGACGGGGCCGGUGAUGGCGGUGGCGGUCGUACAAGGAGGGUCGUGGUGCCGCUGCAGCUGGGAGUGGGUCUCAGUCGCCAGGCGAGCAUGGCGCCACCCGGUGGUGGUGGUGGUGGUGGCGGGCUGGUGGCGCGUGAGCGGUCCCAGCAGCCGCAUGGGACAGACGCCAGCGGAGGCGGCAGCAGCAGCGGAGGC